AUGAUGCUACCGAUCGUUGAUUUGGUCAAAGCUUUUCCUUCAAAUCGGUUGCCGUUCGAUUUGAUGGCUGAGCCUAAAAGCCUUGGCAGUUCUAUUAUGCCAGUUACUAGAGAGACCCAGAACUCUCAAGAACGGAGUCAUAACUGUUUAAGAGGGUUAGAUACGAAGCUAGAUACGUCACUAGCUAUUGAGAUUUCGAUUGUCUCAACUGAAGCAUUGCUUUGCCGACAUGCAGGAGCUCAAUACCUUUUAGGCUCUCUCACCAUCAACAGAGAUUCUAGUCAUCUUAGUCGACUCCUUGGUCUUGAGUGGGGAUAUGGCAUUGGCUGCCCUCAAAGCAUGUUGCUAGCUUCCUGGACAACCAGUACCCAGCCGAGUCGACUCUGUGGUUCUCUACAAUAUGCAGAGCUCAACAAUGGUCUUGAGAAAGUGGGCCUUGAGGAAGCGGGCCUUGAGGAAGCGGGCCUUGAGAGAUCGGUUCCAAAGGAAUAA